AAUUCCUUUCUGGACUCCCCACAUCAUGCUGUGUGUGUGAUCAGAUCCACUAGGAGGGGAAGUGAACCCAGCAACAAAGCAGCCCUUGGCCAAAUGGCUGAGAGUUCCCAGCUCACACCCAUAAGAGUCACCGCUGCAGACGGAAGUGUCUGCAUGACACACUCAAAGCGCACACACCUCCUCGCUGGCUUCACACGCUCCGACGCCUGGGCUCCCCGAGCCUGCCUGCCUUUUUGCUCCUCUCUUCCCCCUUCCUCGCAACUGCUUCUUGGAUUAUACAAGUCGCUCUGAAACAUGGGGAACAUGGCUUGCGUCCCCCAGGCACCUGGCAGGUUCCGAUACUCCUUCUCCAGGAAACCCUCGCUUAGGAAAGAACAAGAGAACAAAAAAAAGCUAGCAAGCCUUUUUGGUUUUGAACCAGGACAAGAGAGGGAUGUUACCUCAGACAAGAUACUCCAAUAUAUCCCUGGCCAGAACCUCACCAACCAGGAAAAUGAGAAGGAAAAUUUUGACCAGCGUUUCCCAAGCCUGUUCAAGAAGGGAAGGAGGAAGACUGUGGUGAGGAACCUGGGGAAGAUUAUCUAUUACUCCAAGGUCAAGUUUAAAUUUCAGCAGUGUCAGGAGAUGAACGACUGCUACCUGGAGCUUUUUCAAGCCUACCUCUAUUUUCAAUCCCUCGGUCCAAAUGGACUCACCUAUCAGGGCUUGCUGCCUCUGAGAGAAAUUCAGCUGAACGAGCUUGAAAAUCCAAAGGGCGCCCAACAGGAGAUGCAUGCUUUUCAAAUUACAGGUCCCUUGCUGAACCCCCUGACAGUCUACUGCCCCAACAGGUCUGAGCUAAAGCGCUGGCUCUACCACUUGGAGAAGCAGAUCCAUCUAAAUGGAGGGAGCUUUGACAUGCCUUUCCUUGCUCAGAAUGAAUGGAAGCAGAGCUCCAUUGGAAGAGAGCAGCUGAGGUGGUCUGUGCAGAAUGCCGCCGUGCAAGAGUGGAGAGGCACCCAGCGGGAGUCUCUAGGCGACAUCCUUUGCGUCUCUAAAGUGAAGCUGCAACACUUGCCCUUUCAGGAGCAGCAUGACCGACUACUGAUCCUCUACCCUUCCACCCUGGUUAUAGUAUCCGAAGAACGCAACGGCCUCUACUUUAAGGGAGAACUGCCUCUGAAUGCAAUCCAGGUGCAAUUUGAAGAAAACGAGAAAACAUCUUUCCUAAUAGAAGGCCGUUUAAUUAACUCCAUUCGGGUGAUUUGCCCCAGCUAUGACGAUUACCAAGAAUGGCUGUACUGCCUUAAGACAGCUCAGUUCCGUAAUGCUGAUUCCUCCCUUUCUGGAUCGGAGAGCUUCUCAGGACCAAAGCCACACCACCUGGCUCAGUUCUCAGGAAGCGGGAGAGGCUCACUCACGUCUGAUGGCCGAACAAACUCCUGGGCAUCAGGAGGGAAGGGGGCAACAUCCACACAUCACUCCCAGAACAGUGCAGGCUCCCUUUCUGAGAGGCAGUCUUUUGGUGUGAUGCCAGAAUGCCGACUAGCUGAUGACUCCCAGGCUCAACCAGUCCGGUGUCCAGGAAAGCCAGUCGCGACAAGCACAGGGAUGCCAAAAGCUGAGCUGAAAAGGAAAGGAAGCUCUCGAAAAUCCAAAGGGAAAUGUGGGCCACUGGCCCAGCAGCCACAACCCCACAGCCAGGAUGGGGAAAGGAACCAUUUCCAGCUCAUCCCAGAGCAUCCCAGUGGAGAAGUCCUUUCUCCAGUGUACAAUGAGCCGUACUCCGCCGUGGUGCAGCAACACCACCAUCCUGCUCUUCCCCCAUUGCAUCUGGAUGUGAACAAUCUGCUGCCGUGGAACUUGCGAAGAGGAACUUGCACAGCUCCCACUAACCUGGAGAAUGUGCCUCUGCCAUCCUCCCCUAUGUAUGCUGACCCUUAUACACCAAAUUCCCCUUCUUCGCACAGAGCAGGAGACCCAAACUUCCUUGAAGAGUUCAUGAAACACCAUGGAAAGAGCUCCUUGGAGCAGCAGAAUGGCUACCCAGCCAUACCUGUGUCUGUCCCUGUCUCCCAUAAUCCUCUGGUGCAGAAGAAGAACUCCCAACCUCUGCCUGACAACCACUGGCAAGAGCAAACGCCUCAAAAGAGAUGCAACAUGCCUGGGUCCAUUUUUAAUUUCUCAGUGAUGCCUCCUCCAGACACCGAUUGUUUGACCUCAAGCACCUUAUCACAGGAUGAAUUUCUGACAACUUCCUUGCUGCAUUCAGACGAAAGCCUCAAAACGUACGACCUGCCCGACAGUGGACGAGAGCGCCUCGACUCUGCCUACCAUGAUUAUGCCGAGCUCCAGAGUUUCCAGAGCGACUUCAGUUAUGACAAUAUAUGGGAGACCGAGGCGAAGGGCUCAGGUUCCCGACGGACGGUGCCAGUCUCUGACAACGAGAUCUACCAUUGCUGAAAGCAGGGAGGAGAGAACUUGAGACCUACCACUGCUUAAAAGGGGGUGGGGGUGACUUGAAGCACUGAGGGCAGCAACAGAGAGCUUCAGAAAGAAACAUGACUGCCUGCCUCUCCUCUGGUCCUCUUGCUUUUGUUGCUGGGGCAAUGUAAGGAUUGGAAAAUUGAGCUCAAGGCUACCCAGGCCCCUCUUCUUUUUUUAAAAAAAGAAACAAGAUGCUCCUCUGGAAGUAACAAGUUUUUGUAUCCUAGAGAAGGUAGUGGCCCUUCCUGUUAUUUCUAGGCACACUUUUAUGCUUUGAUUUGUUCCUUCACUUUCUGUUGUGGUGCUAUGAGAAACAGGUCUGGAAAAGGAGCUUGGGCUUUCAAUGAGAGCAACACACACACAUCCAAUCCACCGUGCCUGCAUUUGUGGACUUGCAGUUGGGACACUGGACUCUUGGCAGUGGUUAUGAAGAAAAAAAAAAAAAAAACAACCAUCGGCCCUGCACCCCUCAUUGUUGCAGCUGGUGGAGACUGAAGCCCACAUUUUUGCAUCCGACCAACGGACCUUGCCAUUUUAUGCAAGAAGGGGAAGAAGAAAAGUCACUUGCUAGCUGCGACAAUUUUCUUUUUUUGGGGGGGGGGUGGAUGUGGCAAGAGAAGUAUUAUGAAAACAAGGGAACUGCUUAGUCUAAAAUGAAGGUGUGCUGAUGGGUAUAUAUAAUUUGAAAAUGUUAAACUGCAACACUGACAGAUGUGUGCAGCAGGGAAUGGCACUGACAGCCACUUCCUAUCCUCCUGAUACUUUAGUGCUUACCAGGGGAACCCAGACCUCUGCCUUUUAGGAAUAGCAUGUUCCACAAUAAGCAAGGAGGCUGUGCCUCCCUUGAUCGUGUGCAGAAUGUGCUUCAUUCACAACAGCCACCUGGGGAAGAAGAGGAAGAGCUAGUUCUUGCCUGUCUAAGACCCGUGUGGGUGGAAAGACGCCCAUCCAAUGCCCAGGUGAAUAUGCCCUGUUCAAAUGUUACACGGUUCACUGCUGGGUGUUGCACCUUCUGUGUGCCUGCAGCUUACGGCGUUAUGCCAGGUUUUUGCAGCACUGUAAGUGAGCAAAUUUCAGAAUAAAAGGUGGUGGUGGUCACUGGAGCACCAGUGCCAGCACUGAGGCAGGCAGUCACAGUGGUAGUGCAGGGAGAGGAAUUGAGAAGGCGGGUGCUCUGGGACUCAGUUGAGAGGUUUGCUGGGCCUGACAUGGCCCCCUGGAGCCUCAGGGAGGAGCCGUGUGUUGAGCAGCGAUGGGGGACCACUCUGGCCUUCCUGGUGAUGUUGAGACCACUGGGAGUUCUGUUUGCCCAACAGCAUUUGGACAGUCCAAGCAGUUCCCCAUCUUUGCUUUAGAAAAGAGUGCUUUUGCAUCCAAAGGAGCUGGUGUGGGCUUGCAUUUAUCAUUCAUCCUAGGCUCCAGUACCAACCUGGUGGGACAGGCAAGCACUGCAAGGGUUCUAAAUUCUGAAACCCACAGCAGGGACCUGCAACCAAUUAGGUCAAGUCUGCUUAUAUUAUUAUUUGUUAUAAAUUGCAUUUAUACCCCACAGUUCCUUCAAGGAGCUCAGGGCAUGCCAUGCCUAUCCUUUCAUUGUCCUAGCAAUCUGGAGCUUCAGUGGCCUUUGUGAUUGAGUGAGGAUUUGAACCAGGAACUCCCAGACCUUGGUCCAGCACUCUUAACAAUUAAAACCUCACUGGAUGAUUUAUUAUGUUGUGGUGGUGCCACAUCAGGAAAGGGCCUGGUGUGUCGUCUUUACUUGAACUUUUUUAUAAAUAAAAAUAAAUAUUACUUUAAACAGAUGGCAACCAGCAAAGUUUACAUGUAGCUUUUUUUGUUUGAUGUUUUAUUUAAUAUGUAAACACGGGUGCCUUGGGGCAGUGGGAAAGGGGGAAGGAAGAAAUGCUAUUCAGUUGUGUGAUUGUUGACAAAACUCUGUGGAGUGCUCCUGGAACUGCCUUGCAUCUUUCCAGCUGGUCCAGAGUUACACCAACUUGGGGAUGCUUGUUUCUGUACAGUAUUUUAAACCGCAGGUCUCUUUUUUUGUAUUUCCAAGGAAGGGGUAGCUUUAGACCCAGUGAGAGUAGAAGGAUUUUUUUUAAAAAAAAUUAUUUUUACAAAGCAGAAGUAGGAGCUCGUAAAAAGAUGGUGGGUGUCAAAACGUUCAGGGCUCAGACCACAGCUGCAUCAGACCCAUUUUCAAAGAUUUUGUGGAGAGGUUGCGUUUGUGUGUUUGUAUAUGUGUGCGUGUGUGUAUAAGGAGGGGCGAGGUGUUGUAGCAAAGUUGCAAAUGUAAUGGAUUUUACAUGCUGUACAGUUCUCCUGACACUUUCUUGAAAGACCAUACUGUUAAUAAAGUUAAUAUAUGUAACUGUU